AUGUACCAUCGACGAGGCCAGAAACGGCACCGCUUGAAUGAACCUCCAGGCCCGUUUAGUGACCCCUCCCGUGUCGAGAAGCCCGGACGGAUUCGCCAUAGACAGGGUGAAGAAAAUGAGCAGGAGCAGGAUGAAGACCAAAGCCUUUGGGAUGACCGUUCCAUGUUCGCUAUUGAUAUGCCGAACAUUGCGUUACUCCCGCUCCCUGACGAACAGCCUACCUGGGACAAUGACUACAUGGCAUCAGCGCUCGAUAUUUCCACUUGGCUACCACCGACGCCGAGUUUUCUCUCGGAUGACCAACUCAUAAACGAUUUCGAUACUGCGGCACGAGACUGGUUGCAGCAAGUGUUGUAUCCAGAUAUACCCUCCCUAGAAGACCGCUUUAUUAACCUCUCCCUCGAGAACCCCUACUCAGACAAUGCAACAUCCCGACAUGAGACUCUGCGUAAGCAAAUACUCACACCGGAGGACGGCAGCGUCAACGGGUACAUCAAGUUCCGCAUUCGAAAUGCUGAUUUGGAUGAGAGCUGUGUUAAAACAGCAAAGAGGAGCUUUGGGGCGAGCUGUAUGGGAGUGCAUCAUCGAAACACCUCCGAAGCUAAUUCCCUGUUCAACAAUAUCCCCUAUUUGCCUCCGAACUUUGCCAGCGGCGUAAAAUUGGACGCAGUCGAUGGGAAACUUCUUAAAUUCUAUUUAGUCGCCUACUGCCAAGGUCGGACGCUUCUGUCACAAACGAAUUUCUGGCUCACGGAGAUUGCAUCGAUGAUCGCAGCUGAGGAUGCCGUUAAGCACGCUAUUCUCGCUCUAGUGGGAGGCUAUGUACUUGAUUAUGUGCAUAAGGAUGAUUUGCGAAAGCGAACAAAUGCCCAUUAUCGCAAGGCAUCAGAAUUGAUCACAGCAGGUCUCUCUACGCCGGAAACACAUGCUGUUUCAAAAUCAGACGGCAUUGUCGCAGCCAUAUUGCUGCUACUUGUUGAUGAUUGCGUUAACUGGGAGCUCCGGAAACCUAAAGGGAAAACCCCAAACUGGUAUAAUGGGGCGCACCUGGCCAAGGCCAUCCUCGAUCAUUCCGACCCCGGUUACCGCUACUGGAAGGCUACUAAUGUUCAGUGUGAUAAAGCCUGGCUUGCCAAUGCCAACUGGGCCUCGCUGGCAUGUGUUCUUGCGGAACCCGUUACACCCCUCCAGCUACGAGAAAACGAUCGCCAUUUUGGAUGGUUGCUGGAGGGCACCGAAAAGGAGGUUCGCACCAUUCAUGGAGGCACUGGGCUCUCACCAAAACUACUGCACAUUUUUGCCCAGAUAACGCAUUUAUCUGCGAGAAUGAUGAAAAACCCUCAGUCAGUCGUUACGCCAAUUGGCGCGUUAAAAAUCGAGGAAAUGUUGCAUAACUUCCGUCAGAGGUCUGAGCUUUCAGAAGGAUAUGCUACCACAGCUGCACUCCUUGAAUCCUGUGUCCUCGACGCUGAUGGGAAGGUAUAUACUGCAACUAAAGUCACCGAGUUGACUGGUGAGACGUGGGUUUGCGCGGCAAAAAUAUAUUUACACUGUCGCUUCUUCAGGAAACCGCGUUGCCACCCUGAUGUUCGCGCGGCACUGAAGAUUCUUAUGACAUGUGUGCAGCGAAUGCCCUACAACGGGGUACUCUUCACCUCCCAGGCUCCGUUCUUCUGCAUUUUUAUCAUGUCACUAGUUUCAUACCAGCAAGAUGACCGAGAUGUAGCAAGAAAUUGGUUCGAGACGGUUCUUUUAGCUGCCAGCUGUCGAUCGAGCGUACCACCAGUCUGGGAAGCUGUCCAGGCAUUGUGGAAGUGGAUGGACACAGAACUUGUGGACGAAGAAAAUUUUGAUAAUACUAUCGCUAUUGGAGAGAGGAGGGCGUGGUGGGAGGAUAUGGUAACGUAUCUUCUCGAGAAGGUAGGGUGGUUGAGGCUUAGUUUGACAGACGCUCAAAUAUCUUGUGGUUGUGAUGUUGCUGCAACUCGCCCUGAUCUGAGGGAUCCGAGAUUGGAAGUAUUGGGUAAACAAGCCCUCCUUCGUCCCCGCCGCCUCUGGGGUAAUGGGUUUUGGUUCCUAUGGACAGACAAUAUCAUUGAGGAUAUAAUUAUAUUGGGACAAAUUCUUCAUCUUUGCGAUAUACAACCAAGACAAGAUCUCCACUCAUUUCCAUUAAAGAUCUUUUCAAACAUGCAGUCUUCCUUGAAAUUAGGAGAUGUUCUCGACAUCGGGGGCAGCGGACUCGGGGACAGUCUCAAGUUGAAGCUGAAAGAAGAGUUUAUUUCGAGUGACGGAGAAUCGAUACGUUCCUUUCCCACGGAGCUUUUCUACUUCGGAUUGGGGCUCCAGCUCUGGAACCAGGUCUGCUGGCUCGCCGAUUACCACCAAACUCGAGACGAGAUCAGUCUCUUGGAGCACCACGGCGCUUCCAUCUGCAGAGAGAUACCUCCGGGGUGUACCAUUGUAGACAUGGGUUCUGGAGACAUCCGGAAGCCUGCUUGCCUCUUGCAACAGUUAGAGUCGCUCAAGAUCUCCGUUUCGUACUUUGCCCUUGACAUCAGUCGAGAUGCAUUGGAGGGGAGCAUGUCGCAUCUAGCCAAUAAAUACCAGCACGUUCAAUGCUACGGGCUCUGGGGCACCUUUGAAGAUGGGCGCCAGUGGCUUCGAUCGGUGAAUACGCCAAAAUGCAUCCUUUCAAUGGGUUCCAUGUUUGGAAACGACACUUUCGAUCUCGCCGUGGAACGUAUGCAACCGUGGCGAGAGGUCCUGGGACCUGAAGAUCUGAUGCUAAUUGGGAUGGAUGCGCGAGGAGGGCGCGAGGAGCUGGAAAGGAUGUACCACGACAAAGGUGGUGUCUGGGAGAGCUUCAUCCGCAAUGGAUUCAGGGAGUCCAACGAGCUUCUUGGGGAGCCUUGGUACAGGACGGAAGAUUGGGUGUUGAACGGAGUUAUUAGGGACGACCCUCCACAUCACAAAUUUAGUCUCCUUGCGACUAGGGAUGUGGAUUGUCCAGCUCUCGGCCUACACGUCGGUAAAGGCGAGGUUAUCGAGUUUUUUGAGUCUUGGAAAUAUGGGCCUGACAUCAUGAAGCUGCAGUUUGAGAAGAGUGGGAUGAUGCUAAAGGGUUGGUGGGCAUCUCCUCUGGGUGAAUUUUACCAGUAUCUUGUCUCGUUUGUUUGAUAUUCUUUUGUUGAUCAUGCUGUUUGUAACCAAAGUACUGUCGAGGUAGAAGAUGAGACAGUGCAAACGGAUAUUGUUUGGUAGUGGGUUUCCGAUAGUUAUUGACUUGGUAUCGUUCUUAAAUUAGUUUUCUUUUUAAUUAUGAGAUUGUUUUGCAUCCUUGAGUCUUGUGAAUUUGAUAUGCGCUUGUGAUGCUAGCAAAGACCACAGAGCGUUGUUGUGUCGUCCAAUUUUUAAAGCUGGUGUUGUUAUUCAGCCUCCUUUUUUAAAUAUUCCAAGGCCAGCUAUGUAGUUACUAUACAUGUUACCACACGUUUACGCUGUAACAGAGAACUCCUGCAAGGCGUUUUUGGAAAUAAAACUAAAUGACGAAAUUUAC